AUUACUAGAAGAUCUUUUAAAGCCGUGGACCAAUGCUUUUCGGAUAUUAUAACAGCAACAAUAAUAAGAUAAUAUUAUCUAAAUAAUAACAAACUAAGAAUGGAUUGUAAGACAUUUUUAACAGAAAAUUGGAUUUGAAAGUGUGGUGUUGCAUUAUAUAUAUUAAAUAGUACCUAUAAUUUAUACAUUAGUCUUCAAUCGUGUUAUAAAAUUUUAAUAGAUUACUAAUUCUAUUAUCCAUUAUUUUUGUUGAGAGAAACAAAAUUAUUAAUCAUCUCACAAUUUCAAUUAUUUUGAAGUGUAAAAAUGUUGGAAACAGAAAACGUUUUUGAUGAGUGGUUUUUUAACUCUUUUAAAAGGUAUCAUAAGUUGCAAAUGUUUGGUGUGGAUAAACCAGUAUUUUCAAUGGAACUGAGUUGUAAUUCCUCAGUAUGUUUGGCAUGUGAAAAGCCUGAAGAAAAUGGUUUUGAAAUAUUAAAUUUGGAACUUCCUAAUAAGCUUUACCAAAUUGAAAAUGAACAUGAUUCUAUAAGCACAAGUAGAGAUUUGAAAAUCAAAUGUGGCACAUUAACUGAUAAUCGAUUAAUAGAUAUGAAAACUCUCUUUGGAAAAUCUAAAACAAUUUUGUCCGAAGAAGGAACUGGUAAAGUUACAAUUUAUGAAAUGGAUCCCCAUAAAUCAGAUCAAAUGAUUCCAUUGGUGAAUAUUGAUAGCAAAGUGGAGAGUGGACGAUUAGCCGUUGAUUGUACAACUGAUACUUUAAUAAUUUGGGGAAAAGAAAAUGCAUGCUAUACUGGUUGUAUAUUUAACAUUGAAAACAAUACGAAAACGCUCAUGAUCAGUGAUGUGCCGAAUGACCCAGUAUGCAAUUAUACACCGCAUUUCAUGUCUAAAAACGAACUGGUUGUUCAAAAUUCACAUAAUGGAUCAUUUGAUCUAUAUGACUUAACUAGUGGUCAGCAUGUGAAAAACGUUAAUUUACCUGAGGCUGAUAGUAAUGCAAAAUGGUUUUUAAAUACCGCAUACACAAGUUCUAAAGAAAUAACCACAUUCAAUUUAACAUUAAUUUCUAAUUCUGGAACUGUACUUUCAUAUGAUUUAAGAAAUUGUAAAACUCCAUCAAUUUAUCAAAAAGAAUUGUUUUCAAAAUGUAAUAACAAUAUAAACAUUAGUUUUGAUCCUUGUAAUUCACAAAAUUAUGCUGUUAGUGGAUUUGACAGUAAUGUAUAUAUACUUGAAGAAUCAAAUUGUAAUAGAAAUAUUAUGUACAAGUUUAAACACGAAGGCCAUAUGUUCACUGAAGAUGAAGAUUUAUGUCCAAAUACAGUUACAAGUAGUGCAUUAUGGUUACCAAUGUGUGGACGUAACACACUGUUAUCAACUGCAAAUGAUGGAUCAAUUCAAGGAUGGCAAUAUAUUUCAUAAAAAAUAAUAAUAAUAAUAAUUGCAUUUUGAUGUUGUACAAAAAGUCUGGUGUAUUUAAAUACUCAAUUAAACAUAGAAUUAAAUUAUAA